CGGAGGUUUAUGCAAGGCGGCGAUGGAGGUUGUCGAGGACGAAGCGGCGGAUUUAAUUCGAAACUGGUUUAGAUUCGAAAAUCGAAUUUCUCCGGUUCGGUUUGGUUGGAUUAGUUAAUUUUUUCAAAAACUAAAUUCGGGUUGGUUGCUUUGAUACGAUGUUGCUGAGAUAAUAGACCGGAGAAAGACGACGAAGAGAUCAGCGAUUUUGUUUACUCCUCCAAUGGAUUCAGCUCGAGAGGUCAGCGAUGGUAGACUCACCGUCGAAGGUUUCUCUGUAGCUUCUCGAGCUUUUGCCGAUAAGUGGAAGAUACAUAACCAAUCGUUCCCUCCAUGGUCUUGGGUUCCUCUGAUCAAUCGAACUCUACUUGUUUCAAAGAAGGAGGAAGGUUACUUGUCGCUGGAGAAGAUCAUAAUUCUCAGUUCACUUGAGGAGGAAAUUCCAGAGGAUGAAUCUCUAAAUGUAGCUACUGAUUGCUUGGAAAAAGAAGAAACAGUUGAUCACACGAUUUUGGUCCCAACCAUGGAAAAUGAAGCACACUACUAUGAUUUCCAUAUAGUUUACAGUGCAUCAUACAAGGUUCCUGUGCUAUAUUUUCGCGGAUACUGCAGCGGUGGAGAACCUCUUGCUUUGGAUGUCAUAAAAAAAGAUGUACCCUCAUGCUCUGUUAGUCUUUUGCUGGAAUCUAAGUGGACUUUUAUAACUCAAGAGGAGCAUCCAUAUUUGAACAGGCCAUGGUUCAAGCUACAUCCCUGUGGGACUGAGGACUGGAUCAAGCUGCUUUCCCAAAGUAGCAGCUCUUCUGGAUGUCAGAUGCCAAUUGUGUUGUACUUGGUUUCAUGGUUCUCUGUUGUCGGGCAGGUGGUUGGUCUUAGGAUCCCUCUUGAGAUGCUGAAUUAGUAGCCAUCUUCUGUUAUCAAAAUAUAUAAUGUAUCAGUGGCUCCAAACCCUCGGCAACAACUUUUAAAGGUACGCAUUUCUGAAUAAGAAUUUUCAGAAGAAACUAGGGACUAAAAAACUUGAGUUUCAUUAACAUAUGAGUGGCUUCAAUUCAUGAGUCUGCAAACAUCGUAAUCAAAUCUAGCUAUUAUGUUCUUGAGGUAUUUAAGUUGAAUUCGUUUUUUCCAACAAACCAUUUUGCUUACACCACUUCGGGUAAUUGUAACAUAACGGCUGAUUCUAAAAAAAAGGCUUACUAUUUCAGUAUUUCUACGUAAAGUUUGUAA